UAGGAACUCCGGAACUUUGCAGAAAGAAGAUCAUUAAUUUGCAACUGGAGUAUUACUUUGCAUCAGAUACUAAAAUGAAAGAACCUCCACUGGAAGAUGAGUGUGACAAAGCAAUGGCACUACAGCUGGAGCAGCUAGAUAAAAUUGAGACAGAAAACAGCAAUGCUCAGGAAUCUUGUCAAGCCCACCACCCCAAAACUCAGGAGAGUGAACUGAAAAACACUACAUUUUCAGACAAUGCUAUUCAAGCUUCCUGCUCUGGUUGUAAAAAAAUCCUCCAGAUGGGGCAAACUGCCUAUCAGAGGAAAGGUUCUACUCAGCUUUUCUGUUCUACAUUAUGCAUCACUGAAUACAUUACAUCUGCCAAUUCUUCACUUCCUACCAAGAGAACUUGCUCAAACUGCUCAAAAGAAAUUUUAAACCCAGAAGAUGUGAUCACUGUCCAGAUAGAAGACAAUACUACUGCCAAAAAUUACUGCAGCCAAUCUUGUUUUUCGUCAUAUGAAGAAAAAAGAAAGCCAUGUGUUACCAUGUGUACUAAUAGAAUUUUGGCCAAGUGCAGCAUAUGUCAAAAGACAGCUAUUAUUAAAUAUGAACUAAAAUACCAGAGCAUGAAACACAGUCUUUGUAGUAACACCUGCUUUUCAAAGUUUCACUCUGUCAACAAUUUCAUCAUGAACUGUUGUAAGAACUGUGGAGCUUAUUGUUAUACCAGUUCUAGUCUGUUGCGUCUGUUUCAAAUGGAAGGACAGCCUCAUAACUUGAGUAAUUUGAAGAAUAUUUCAGCAUAUAAGCAGCAGCUAGGAAUUGAUGAUAAAUGCGAUGUUGCCAUGGUGCAAGAUGCUGCAACAGAUCCUCUUUCUCCAAAGAAAGAAUCUAUUCCAGUUAUAAGCAACAUAGUGUCAUUAGCAGAUACUCAGGUUUCCCAGCCCAUCAUGAACAGUGAUCUCUUAGAAGGUACAGAUUCUUCAGUUGGGACAAAUGAGAUCACAGAUAUCUGCAAGAACUCGCCCAAUGAAUCAAGUGAUGGUGUUGGUAAUAGUUUGGAACAGCCAAGCCUUUUACCGUCUUCAUCAGUACUCAAUCAGCAUACAGUUGAUUCCAGUACUGAAGUGCAGAUAGACAAAGUUUCCAGCCAGGGUCCUACAUACACUGGGAAAUCUGUGAAAGGAAGUGAUGGUCUCUGUCACCCAAAAUUUACACCCAAAGUACAAAAAGUUGAAGAUAAACCACAAGGUAUAAAAAAAUCCCGGCGUUUGGAUUUCCAGCAUUUGGAGAACAAUAUUAAAAAAGAUGUGCCAUUUUGUUAUUUUUGUCAUUUAUUCUACCAGAAAAAUUUUACCUGUAGGGAAGAAUCACUUGCAACGCAAAGAGCUUGUAAUUUGAAAAGACCUCUGGAAAAUUUCAGGAAGCAUGAAGAAAGUGAAAUGCAUUUGAAAGCAGUUCAACUUUGGAGGCAAUACCAGCUUUGUGAUGAAGCUAUCCAUGAUAAUUCAAAACAAAUUGAAGAUAGUCAUAAAAAGUACCUAAAGCUUAUAAUUGAAAAUAUUUUAUUUCUUGGAAAGCAGUGUUUACCACUAAAAGGAAAUAGCCAGUCUAUUUCAUCUGUAAAUAAAGGCAAUUUUUUAGAAUUGUUAGAAAUGAGAACGAAAGAUAAAAAAGAAAUGUUUCAACUUGGGAAUUCAGAAGUUGACUUCUAUAAUAGUACACAGACACAAAUUGAUAUAAUUGAACUAAUAAAGACUGAAAUGUUGCAGGAUAUUGUGAAUGAGAUCAAUGUCUCUCCUGCUUUUUCAAUAAUAUGUGAUGAGACAACUGGCAGUUCCAUUAAAGGACAAUUUUCAGUUUGUGUAAGAUAUGCACAGAAAACAUCAACGGCUGUCUUAAUUAAGGAACGGUUUUUGGGUUUUGUUGAUAUUGAAGAGCUGACUGAGACCCACUUACAUAAGAAUAUCAAAACAUACCUACAGCACCUUGGAGUUGACUUGAGUAAAAUAUCUGGCCAGGCCUAUGAAAGUACUACUAAUUUGAGGCUAAAAUUUAAUAAAAUGGCUACAGAAUUCAAGAAGGAAGAGCCAAGAGCUUUAUACAUGCAUUGUUAUGCACAUUUUUUUGAGUUUGCAGUAACUGGGUUUUGUAAGGAAAUAAAAGAACUUAGAGGUGCUCUAAAUACUCUCAGUUCUUUGUUUAACAUUAUUCAUGUAUCUGGAGAAAUGUUUGCAAAGUUUCAAAACAUUUGCAAACUUGGUCAAGAUAAAACAUGCAAGAAACAUAUGUCACAAACAUGUUACAUAGUUCAUGAUGAUGUGUUACUAUCUGUGAUUGAUGGUCUUCCAGAGAUUAUUGAAACACUGGCCUUUAUAUCAUGCCAUUCUAACAGAAGUCUGGCUGGUGAAUUGAGUGACUUGCUGACAUUGAUUUCCAAAUUUGAAUUUAUCUUUUGUUUGAAAUUUCUUUAUCGAGUCCUCAGUGUUACAAGAAUUCUUUCCAGAGAGCUGCAAAGUGAAACCAUGGACAUUUUUUCUUUGUCUUCAAAAAUAGAAACAGUUUUGGAGUGUUUAACCUCUGAAAGAAGUGAUGCAUUUUUUAAAAUAAUCUGGGAUGGAGCAGAGGAAAUACGUAAAAAAGUAACCAGUAAAGGUUUUGAAGUUGAAAAACCUUCACUUCAAAAAAGAAGAAAAAUUCAAAAAACUGUAGAUCCUGGCAAUUCAGAUAGUAUGCUUUUUUCUACUUCAACAGACGAACAAUAUAAAAUUAGUAUUUAUUACCAAGGAUUGGAUACUGUAUUACACAAUUUAAAGUUAUAUUUUUCAGAGUUUGAUUAUUGCAAAAUGAAGCAAAUUUCACAGCUAUUACUGAAGUGGAAUGAGCCAUUAAAUGAAACAACAGCCAAAUAUGUUCAAGAAUUUUGUAACCUUGAUACAGACAUUAUCCCUGAACUUAGAUUUUAUCAGCAGUAUGCAAAGCUUAACUUCAUUUCACAUUCUGAUUCCAUCAACUUCAUCAACUUGGGUUAUCUAUUUAUUCAGCAUGGUCUUUACAAUAAUAUUCCUUCAAUCUCCAAGCUGUUACAUAUUGCUUUAUCAUGGCCUAUUACCUCACUGAGUGCUGAAAAUUUAUUUUCUACACUUCCUCGUCUUAAAAGAUACUUAUUUCAUACCAUUGGACAAGAGAAGCAUAGUGGCCUAGCCCUGAUGGCUGUUGAGCAGGAAUUAGUAAGUAAAUUGAUAGAGUCUGAAGGACUCAGUGGAAUUGUAGAAAAGUUUAUCAGUCAGAAGAAAGGUACAUAACACCUGAAACUGAAUUUGUGUUAUCCUAAUGAGGUUUGUAAGUUUAUUGCCUAGACGUGUGCAUUUUGUGAGCUUAAAUAAUUAUCCCACCUCAGCCUCCUAUGUAGUUGAACUGUAGAGUCUCAUCAAUACUCUGGUCUUGAGAUCCUAGUUUUUAUUUCAAAAUUACGUCUCCUUUUUAUUUCCUGUUUUUAUUAUAGUUUUACCUUUUAUAUUUUUAUAUCUUUUUUAAGAAAGUAUCUACCCUAGACAGUAUAGCACAAAUUUAAUUUAAAAAUUCAAAAGUUACAGAAUGACAGUGAAUUCUCCAUUCCUUCUUUAGUACUCAGUUCCACACCUUGAAUUUGUAUGUUUCUUAAAUAUAUUUAGAGGUACUUGCAAUAAGUAAUAAGGUAGAUCAUACAGGGUUUUUUUCUAUGUAAUGUAUGAUGGGUGUUACUAAACUUAAAGGUUUUUUGUUCUUGAUAUUAGGUCUCAUGUAUUGCUGAGGCUGACCUUAAACUCAGACUCAAUCAGUCUUGCUUCAGCCCCUUGAGUGCUAAGACUAGGCAUGAUGCACUACUGUGCCCAGAUUGUGCUUUGUGUGUGUGUGUGAGUGAGUGUGAGUGUGAGACAUGGCUUCAUUACUAUGUAAACCAGUCAUGGACUUAAGCAGUCCUGCCUUAACCUGGAGUGCUGAAACUAUACUGCUACUACACCCAAAUUAGGAGUGGGUAUCUUUUUUUUCUUCAUGUGUGAGACCAAAGUUUCAUUUUGUACCUCUAAUCUUAAACUUGUGGGCUCAGGCAGACCUUAAACUCGAGUGCCAAGACUACAGCACUAUCAUGCCCAGAUUGUGGGUUCUUUUUUUGUAUGUGUGUUUAUGUGUGUAACAGGGACUUUCAGUAUUGCCCAGGCUGACCCACAACUCGCUAUUACAAUAUACAAGUUGUGGGGCUUUUGUUUUUCAU